AUGAAACUAAUUUCUAUUUUCUUCCUGUUUUCCCUCCUAAUAUCUGUGUCUUUGGCAAAAUCUGAAAUUAGAAUGAAGAGGUGGUCUCCCCGCUGGUGGAGAAUUUUGAACAUUGCUCACGGUAACACUCGCACUACACAACCUUCCAGAAAUCUCUCAUUUGAUGCGUUUAGUUCCGAUGGAUCUUCUUCAUUUAGGUAUGGAGAUGGAGGUGGAUUCAGAAGAUAA